AACCGGGGCUCUUUGCAAUAAAUAGCAGCUCCUCGCUCUCGGGCUCCUCUGUUGCCUCCUCUGCCUCCUUUGGGGACCCCUGGAAAGGGGGAAGAGCCCUCCCCUCCCCUCCACACCGGCCCCAGGUAGCCAGCCCCCCCUCCUCCUCCCCAUCCAUGUGGACCCACCAGCUGUUGUCACUCGGGCUCUUCUUCCACUCCGUCCUGACCGUCCCGCCGGCAGAAAACAAAGGGAAAAGAAACCCACUCCAUGACUACCGGAAAACAGCGGAUACCUCAUUAAUAAGGAUAGACAAGGCACUGAAAGUGAAAACGAAGCUGCUAAAUACGACAGAACAGUGUGCCAAGAGAUGCAGCCGAAGUAAAGGACUUUUAUUCAUUUGCAGAGCUUUCGCAUUUGACAAAACAGCCAAACGUUGCCAUUGGUUAUCUUUUACUAGCCUAGAAAAUGGAGUCAGGAAGAAACAUGACAAUGCGUUCCUUCUCUAUGAAAAGAAAGACUACAUUCAAAACUGCAUCAUUGGGAAAGGCGCGACCUACAAGGGGAACAUAUCGGUCACCAAAAGCGGGAUCGAAUGCCAAGCCUGGAAUUCGACCAUACCUCACGAACACAGCUUUUUACCUUCGAGCUAUCGAGGUAAAGAUCUUCAGAGUAACUACUGCCGGAACCCGCGAGGAGAGGAAGGGGGCCCUUGGUGUUUUACCAGCGAUCCGGAAACACGCCACGAAGUCUGCAAGAUCCCGCUCUGCUCGGAAGUUGAGUGCAUGACAUGCAAUGGAGAAGGCUACAGAGGUCCAAUGGAUCAUACCGAAACAGGCAAAGAAUGUCAACGUUGGGACCUUCAAAGACCACAUAGACAUCCUUUUCGACCAGAGAAAUACCCCGACAAAGGAUUUGAUGAUAACUAUUGCCGAAAUCCGGAUGGUAAACCAAGGCCGUGGUGUUACACCCUUGACCCAAACACCCCCUGGGAGUUUUGCUCAAUUAAAACAUGUGCUCAGAACGUGGUGCGUAGCUCCUCAGCGGUUAUUGAAACAACCGAGUGCAUACAAGGACAAGGAGAAGGCUACAGAGGUACCGUGAACACCAUCUGGAGUGGGAUUGAAUGCCAACGCUGGGAUUCUCAGGUGCCUCACCAACAUAACUUCACGCGGGAGAACUUUAAGUGCAAGGAUCUGAGAGAGAACUAUUGCCGAAACCCAGAUGGAGCUGAGGUACCCUGGUGUUUUACGACCAAUCCUCAUAUUCGCAUCGGAGAUUGUUCCCAAAUACCAAAAUGCAACGCAUCCACUGAAAAAGAUUGUUUUCGUGGAAAUGGGACAAAUUACAUGGGCAAUUUAGCCCACACAAGGUUUGGCUUGACUUGUUCCAUGUGGGAUAAAAACAUCCAAGAUUUAAGAAGGCACCUCCCUAUAUAUAAAGACCUAGAUAUAAGCAAGGUGAAGAAGAAUUACUGUCGCAAUCCGGAUGACGAUGCUCACGGCCCUUGGUGCUACACCAGCAAUCCUAAAAUGCCUUGGGACUACUGCCGUAUAUCUAGAUGUGACAAUGAUCCAGUUUCUAUGAUGAGCAGUUUAGACAUUCCCAUCAUCCCUUGUGCGUCGACGAAGCAUCUAAGAGUUGUUAAUGGGAUCCCUACACAACCUGAUAAAGGAUGGAUGGUCAGUUUGAAAGACAGCAGAGGCAGGCAUUUCUGUGGCGGUUCGCUGGUGAAAGAAGACUGGGUCCUGACAGCCAAACAGUGUUUCCUCUCCCGGCAUAAUCUCAAAGACUAUCAGGCCUGGCUUGGAAUCCAUAACGUGGAAAGAGCACAUGAAGAAAAACAUAAGCAAGUCCUGAAUAUUUCCCAGUUGGUCUACGGGCCUGAAGGAUCUGAUAUAGUUUUACUGAAACUUUCCAGACCUGCAGUAAGCAAUAACGCUGUAGCUAUUAUCCGUCUGCCCAUUUCUGGCUGCACCAUUCCAGAUGGGACCACGUGCAGUGUUUACGGAUGGGGACACACAGGAACAAGAAAUUUUGACGGGCAACUUCAGGAAGCCAAUAUGAUCAUUAUGGGGAACGAACGCUGCAGUCAAGAUUUUGGAGGGAAUGUAAUCCUGAAGGAAUCAGAAAUGUGCGCGCGAGCCGAGAGCAUUGGCAGUGGAACUUGUGAGCGGGAUUACGGUGGCCCACUGGUCUGCGAACAGAAUAGAAUCAAGAUAGUAAUGGGAGUGAUUAUCCCCGGACGAGGAUGUGCAGUUCCCAAACGGCCUGGGAUUUUCGUCAAGGUGGCUUACUACUCCAAAUGGAUACACAAGAUCUUAAUGACAUACAAGUCAUAGCCGAAGAACCCUACCAAAGGGGUUGAGGGUUGGGGCAGCCAGUUCUAGGGAUACUGGAGGAAAGUGGGACAUUGUAUUGUGAUAGAGAAAACUUGGACUUUUCUGGGGGGGAAAAAAUGUCGUCCAUCAAAUAUUAACUUGAUAAUAGUCAAGUUUGACAGAUAUUUGUGGCUCUUCCUGUCCCAUUCUGCUUCUGGCUGCGUUGCAUGGGGGUAAGAAAAAAUGCAGUGACUUAUUUCCUGAAUAUACUUGAAUAGGAAAGCAAAUCUGCGAACAUGGUGGCUGGAAAAAUGCACAUUCUUUAUACUUAGCCCAGUUGUUUUUUUUCUUCUUCUCCUAGGCUGCUAGUUAGGAGAGCUUUGUUCAUAGGCAUAAACACCCCUCUGAAAUUUGCAGUAUAUUGUUCUUUUCCUAUACCCAGCCCUGAAUUCAUCUUUAAGAUGGCAUGAAACACGUGCAUAAGUCAGAGACAAUGUCGUCUCUUACAUUGUUUCAUUGUGUUUUCAUUCCUUUAUCAAUGGCUUUCUGGACGUGCGACCCCGUUGAGCAAUUCAUUUGCAAAGUCCAUUCUAUCGUGAUAGCGAAGGACAUUCCAACCAAGAGAAUGUAAUUUGUUUCUGGAAGAGUCCAUAAACAGAUACCAACAUGGGUUGGGUGAGGAUCCAAUAAUGUGUUUUACUAGCUCUCUAUGUCCACGGUCAUUUUUACACAGAAGGCCACGUCCUUCGCUGAUGCUAUGACGUGCAGAGAUGAAGAAUCGCCACUAGGAAGUGAGGUGGACAAUGACAAACAUCUAGUGAGGUUUCCGAGAUCUCGUGUGGUCUCCAAAGAAAUCUAAAGGAUUUCUUUGAAGAACCAAGCAUAGUGUUUCCUUUAAGCCAAAUCUUGGAUCUUAUUGUUUCGGACCUACAAAUUUCACUCCAUCCCAUUUCUUUUUAAGUUCGGCUCCUGCUUCUUCUCCUCUAGAAUGUAAACUUUCCAAACGCCUUUGUUUUCUAAAUGGUUCCGCCACACUAUCUGGCCUUUUUUGGCUGUAAGAUAUUAUUAGUUUGUUCGCUCCUUCGUUCCUACACUCCUUCCUGUUUGAUGAAGUUCUAAACUUGAGCAUAGUAUAGACCCAUGAUGGCGAACCUAUGGCAGGCGUGCCAGAGGUGGCACACGGAGCCAUAUCGGUGGGCACGUGAGCUCAGCUCAUGCACCUUCUGGGCCCACCUUCUGGGCUUAUCGGAAGUAGGGAAACAGGCUGUUUCUGGCCUCUGGAGGGCCUCCAGGGGGGUUGGGAAAGGAGGUUUUUGCCCUCCCCAGGCUCCCAGAGAGGCUCUGGAGCCUGGAGAGAGCAAAAAAUGGGUCCACUUUGCCCUCAUGUGCCAAAAGCGGGGGGAACAUGAGGGGUUGUGCACGCAUGUAUGUGGGGGCAUAGAAUUAUGGAUGUGGGGAUGCGUGUGCACGCCCCCCCUAUACUCCCCCCCGUUUUUGGUACGUGAUGGCAAAAAGGUUAGCCAUCACUGGUAUAGACCUAGGAUUGGGGUUGGAGAAAAAGCCAGCUUUCUAGUUUUCUAAACAGCCAAUCAUCCCUUUAUGUAAUAUUGGGCACAGAAAUGUCAAAAUAUCUCCUAGAAAUGGGGAUUGCAUCACUAUCCCUUAUCUGCUGUUGCCCUUUAAAAUUCCAGCAGAUCGUGAAUGCUUGUCCUAAGCUAAAACCCUUAAUUCAUAUUCAUGUUCCCAACAAAAGCCAUCCUGGAACAGAUAAUUUUAAUCCUAACAGAAUUAAAUACCUUGAUCUGUUUUAAAAUGAGAAUUUAGAAAUCAGUUCCUCCCCGGUUUGAUGUUCUUUGAUUUGAGUUUAAGUGUCCAGAUUAAGGCAAAGAUCAUGAUAAAAUUUAUUCUUUAUUUAGAAUUAGCAUUCCUUCAACCGCCAAGAUUCUGAUCUUUGAUUCUGAUUUUAUAAGUGUAAGAGUAGAUUUUAUCUGUAAUCCACAGUCAAUCCUUUCCAAAGGAUCGAGUCGUAUGCUACACGAACCUUUGCAUGUUCCAUCUUUAGUCUUUCAAGAUUUAAACCUUUUGUUUUUCGAGAUUUAAAAGUGAGGAUUCUCAUCCAAUGAACUGUCAAAUAUUGGCUUGUAGUUUUUUGUGUUUUUUUUUAAAAGCAAUUUUAAAAAAACCAUCCAUGUUACGGUUUGAAAGAGCUGCGAUGUGUUUUCUACAGCGUGUUUCCUUCUGUUUGCAAUCACCGUCCUGAAAGACUGUUUUCAGAUUUUAGAAGCACACAAAUGUUGAUUGUGUAGAAACAAACUCCUGUUCUCUCGAUUGUAUAUUGAGAGUCAUUGCUAACCUUAGUUUUCUUGUGCAAACUAUCUGUAUAAUGCAUGGACUUUGCAACAUGUUCGUUCUUGCAUUCACAUUUUAAAUACGUUUUAAGUAUGCACUUCUACAUGUAAUGUAUGAAGCGUUCCAUAGCUUUCAGUUCGGUUCCUAUUAUGCUUACUUCCUAGUAAAUGGAUGUUCUAUUAUAUUAGCUUCUUAAUCUCAGAACGGGCAGAACAAAUAUCAACCGAUGAGGUCUAUAAGGCUUCUGUGUAUUUCUGCUGGCCUUUUGUUUAAAAGGACUUGCAAUUAAUUAUCUGGUGGCAUAUUCAGAACUUGAUGAGAACUAAAAUACCUCAAAUGCAAAAUGAGGUAUGGAUUAAUGAAAGUCAUGUUUCCAAACCCUUAGUGUAAAUUUAACGUUUUCCAGCUCUGAACCAGAAUAUAAUUCGAUAUAAGAUAGAUCAAAAUAUUGCUUUAGACAGGUUUUUUUUUUUUUCAAAGCUUGGGUAAAUUACUGUUACUUUUCCACACUGUAAGAUAUUUUGCAAACGUUUCCCGUCUCUGCUUCCCUGUUCCUUCUUCAAAUUGUAUAUAUUUGUAUGAUGGACAUGAAAAGAAUAUUCAUGACACUAUAAAUGUAAUUCGUUUUCCUUUUUUCUUCUUCUUCAAGGUUUAUGUAUUCUCCGUUAUAUGUGCAGGCAUUUUGUAUUAUGUAUGCAGGCCUUUCUGCUCAGUGUAAUAAAAAAAAAAUAUUCUAAAAUAUUAUAAGCUUCUGCGGGGCAGAAGACAAUACUGAAUUUAUAUAUAAAAUAUGUAUAGGGGUAUUAUUAUACAUUGUGUAAGACUUCUUGCAAUGAGUUGAGUCUCUUUACAAUGAAUUUAUAGAUCUGAUUACUUGUAAAAUUUCUGACCGCCUUCUGGAAUUCAUUGAUCUUCUAAUAUACUGUCAUGUGGAGAAAUGUAAUUUGUGUGUCAUUAAGAUCGCAGGGAUUGUGUUUGUACACACACACACACACACACACACACACACACACACACACACAAAGGCAGAGAUAUAUAUAUGGUGAAAGAUUAAUCUGAGAUGCAUAGAUUAUUCUGAAUUUUCUCAGUUCAGGCAGUCGAGGCCCAGAAAUGUUCAAAAGCACCUAAUAUUGGAAUACUAAGCAGACGUGAAUCCAGUUUCUUCUAGACAAUUCACUAACCCUUGAAAUCUGUCGUCUGUUCUUGAGACAUGCUGGAGAUGGAGGCGAAGGAGAAGGAGAAGAAGAAGAAGGAAAGAAGAUCAAGAAGGUAAGAAGAAGAAGAAAGAGGAGGAGGAAGAAGAAGAAGGAGGAGGAGGAGGAGGAGAAAGAAGGAAGACAAAGAAAGAGAAGAAAGAAAGAAAAAAGUAAGAAAAAAGAGAAAAAGAAAGGAAAGGAAAGAAAAAGAAAGAAGAAAAGGAAGAAAGAAAAAAGAAAGAUUCCUGCAAAUUACAGAUUACUGAUAGAAUUCAUGCAUCUUUCUGGUCAUACGUGGAUGGAAGAUCUUUCUACAAAAAGGCAAUUUGCCAUUUAUUCCCCGGUACAGAAAACUGUAGCUACCAAUUGUACCAACCAACAUGGGAACCUGGGUUUAUUGGGUUGGGGGACGGGGGACCCUGCAGAACAUCUUGUUCAGGGUCCAAGCUAUCAUUCCUGGCGUGAAAUGGAUCUGAUGCGUCUUGAGGACGGAACCUGCCCUGCAGAAAUGGUUUCGAGUUUGAUUGGUUUGAAAGAAAAAUCUUUUUUUAAUUCCCACCCCCGUUAAUCACUGCUGCCUAUCUUCUUGGGGUAAGGUUUGGGCACCAGAAAUGGAGAGAUUGUUUUUUAAAAGACUGUACUGUCAUAUGAAGUAAAAACAAAACAAAACAAGGACUUUUGUUAGCUUAGGAAUUAGAGUAGGUUAUCUGUUGGGUAAGGUUCAGUUUCGUGUAUAUUUUGCCCUAUUAAAAAGAAAAAAAAAGAUGGAUGGUUAAUAAUUCAUGAACCUUGACCCAUCUGAGAAAAGGAUCUUAAUUCUUGAAAAGUUAUGAUGAUUCAAAGUGGCUCCAUUUUUUUUAGUGCUGUAAAUUAAGGGUCUCCAACCUUUGGCAACUUUAAGCCUGGAGGAGUUCAACUCCCAGAAUUCCCCAGCCAGCUUUGCCAGCUUUGUUGAAGUCCUCCAGGCUUAAAGUUGCCAAGUUUGGAGACCCCUGUUGUAAAUUAUAGUCUCUUUCCCUUCAUCCUUUCCAAUAGAAACGGAUUGUUGAUUGUCGUUGUUUAGAAGUGUAUUAAAACUAACGCUCUGACUUUAUGAUAAUUCUGUAAGUAAAGGCAUCCCUUAGCCAUGAAAGUUGCUAUUUUUGUAUCUCGAUGAUUACAGUUAAUAAAAUAUUUUAUGAAAAAAAAAUUGGAUAGGUCCUUUAUUUAUCAUAAAAAGUCAAUGCAUUGAGAAGGAAUUGUAGGCUGAUCUCUCAUUUAACUCUGCAAGUUCUGCAUGUCCUUCUCCUACAAUAUAUGUACAUAUGGGUGAUAUUU